UUAGGGAGAGGAGAGAGCAGCGCUGAGAGACGAACCAAGAGAGGAGAGCGAAAUAAGUGAGACUUCUUCCCUCCCGUCUCUCAACUCUUUCUUUCCAUCGUCCUCGUUUGGGAAAACGGAAGAAAGAGUGAAAAUAUAAAGUUGACGACCUUAGCACAUCCUCAGAAACGCCAUUUUGAUUCCUCUCCGGAACAACUUUGCAGUUUUUUUUUUCUUAGUCCAUCAUCACCAUCAUCACCAUGUCUCGGCGCAAGCAGCCCAACCCCAACAAAGUCAAACUGUGAGCAGUCGGUGCUGACGCUCAUGGUACGCGGUCGCCCUCGUCCCUGAUCCAAACCCCUGACCUGUUUUAGCCCUGUUCUCCGAACGGAGAUGGAAAGUGCCACAGACGAAAAGCGGGUGGAUGAGGGCAUCAGUGCGCCCCUAGGCAUGGAAACGGAGCAGCCAGAGGAGAAGGACGGCCUUGUCUCCGCCCAGGAACAGGAGCACCGCACAGGAAAGAAUGGAGAAACGGAGAAGGUCAGAGGGGGCCAAGAAGACGCGGCAGACGGGGUGGACCUGUCCUCCAUCAACGCCAUGAUGUCCACGGUCAUGAACGUGGGUCAGCUCAACAGGGGCAGGGAAUCGGCCUCCACCACGCCCGUAAAGACGCCAACCAAGCCGCCUGCAGUGAACCGCACAGGGAGGAGGAACCAGGAAGCCAAAGAGGAGCACUCGGCCUUCAUUUGCCCCCUCUGUGAGAAGAACUGCCUAACCCAGCACCAGCUCACUAUGCAUAUCCGACAGCACAACUCUGAUAAUGGAGCAACGGACCACUCCUGCAGCAUCUGUGGGAAGUCCCUGAGCUCGGCCAGCUCGCUGGACCGCCACAUGCUGGUGCACAGCGGAGAGCGGCCCUACAAGUGCAGCGUGUGCGGCCAGACCUUCACCACCAACGGCAACAUGCACAGACACAUGAAGAUCCACGACAAGGACCCCAACAGUGUCCUGCCCUCCAGCCCCCCGUCGCCCACCAAGCGGCGACGCCCCUCUGCCAAGAGAAAGCCCAGCCUGGAGGGCGAGGGAGAGCGGGCGGACGAGCCGCCAAGCAAGAGGGUGUCGGAGGACGUCCUGGCCGACGGGCUUGACCAGCUGAAGGGUGAGGAUGACCUGCUGCCCUGCCCCAUCUGCUUCAAGACCUUCGUCGGCAAGCUGGAGCUGGAGACGCACAUGGACUCGCACCCGGACACCACGCUCAGGUGUGACCUGUGCUGCAUCAGUUUCCGCACUCACCGCAGCCUUCUGCGCCACAACGCCGUCAUCCACAAGAAGCUGCCCACCGACCCGGCCGGGCGCCCCUUCAUCCAGAACAACCCCUCCAUCCCCGUGGGCUUCAAUGACUUGGCCUUCAUCGACUUCUCGUGUCGCAAGUUCCCUCACAUCGCUCAGGUUUGGUGUGAAACAAACCUUCGGCGGUGCACCAGCAAGUUCCACCGCUUCGUGUGCGAGACCUGCAAUAAGGCCUUCCCUCUGCAGUCCGCCCUCAACCUGCACGCAGCGGCCGCGCACAGCCCCGGAGGCGGAGCCCAGGAGCCGCCCGCCCCCCAACCGCAGGAGGAGACGCCCCCUGAGGCAGGGCAGGCCGACUUCCUGGAGUCUCUGGGCCUGCAGCAUAUCUCCCAGGCCAAGCCUGCAUGCACAGAGGAGGAGACGCUGCAGGCCGAGCUGGACAGCAUCCGGGUCAUCCACGUGGAGCCGCCCAAGUCCAACCUGCCCCAGGAGGCUGGAUGCCUGGGGGGGUUGAGCUUUCCCCUGCUGGACCCUGCCUCCCUGCAGGGCCUGUCCCAGAGAGGCGGCCUCAACAUCCUGUCCCUGCAGCCCUUCCAGAAGGGGUUCAUCCUCCAGCCCGACAGCGGCGUGGUGGUCAAGCCCAUCUGCAGCGAGAGCGGAGUGGAGCUGGCCGACAUCCAGCAGAUCCUGAAGAUGGCCUCCUCGGCCCCCAACCAGAUCACCCUGCCCCCGCUCUCCAAGGCGCCUUGCAGCGCCACGCACUCCAGCUACAAGCAGAUGCCCCCGCUGAAGCCCAAGCCCCUGGUGGCCCCCCGCACCAGCAUGGCUGCCUCCACGCCGCCCCCCCUCAUGAGUGCCCAGCAGGCCUCGCCGGGCUGCAUCAGCCCCAGCCUGCCGCCCCCGCCCAACCAGCUGCUGAAGACCCCCGGCGAGUCCUCCUCCUCCUCCUCCUCCUCCUCAUCAUCCUCAUCCCUCAGCAGCCAGGGGUCCGUGGAGAAGAUGGAGGCGGACUGCAUGGGGGACGCCCUGACGCCCACGGACACCGACAAGCGCAAGAUCAAGCAGGAGGACAGCGAGGAGAGGGAGGCGGGAGGCAAGAAGGUGGGCGGGCGCAAGGCGGCGUACCCCUGCCGCUUCUGCGACCAGGUCUUCGCCUUCUCCGGCGUCCUGCAGGCCCACAUGCGCUUCCACCUGGGCAUCUCGCCCUACCAGUGCAACAUCUGCGACUACGUGGCGCCCGACAAGGCCACGCUGAUCCGCCACCUGCGCACGCACAGCGGCGAGCGGCCCUACGUCUGCCGCGUCUGCCACUACCCCUUCACCGUCAAGGCCAACUGCGAGCGCCACCUGCGCAAGAAGCACAUGAAGAGCACCCGCAAGGAGAUCGAGAAGAACAUCGAGUACGUGUCCACCGGCUCCAGCGGCCUCGACCCGCUGGACUCGGCCGGCGCCGGCGACGCCACGUGCCGCUACUGCGGCGAGGACCUGAAGAGCUACCGCGCCCUGCAGAUCCACCUGCGCACCCACAACGGCUGCCAGCGCAAGCCCUUCGAGUGCCGGCGCUGUGGGGCCGCCUUCCUGGCCAAGCGCAACUGCAUCCACCACCUGCUGAAGCAGCACCCCGAGGUGCAGGAGCAGGAGAUGGAGCAGCACAUCGCCACCCUGCUGCCCGCCGCCACCGCCGCUUCCCGGGCCGGGCCCCUCCCUCAGAACGGGCUCCUCCCCAGCACCGCCGCCCCUCUGUCCCUGAAGGUGGAGGACACCGGCUUCUAUACCAGCGACCCGGACCAGCCCCUGGACUUCUCCAGCAAAGGCCGCGGCGGGAGCACAGGAGACUCGCCCGGCAUCAAGGUGGAAGGCACCCACUCGUCCCAGCCGUCCUCCUACGACUGCUCCAUGGAGCCCAUUGACCUGUCCAUGCCCAAGAACCCGGAGAAGCUAAAAAGAGAGGCUCCGCCCCUUGGCCCGCCUGCUAAGGAGAUCAAAAUAGAGCAGCCUGCCCCCGGCAGUGCGGACCCUCCCCACUCCCAUGGUCUCCAGGUCAGGGACGAGGAGAAAGGCCAGCGGCAGGCCUCGUACCAGCUCUCUCUCCCUGUGGUGUCCCCUCUCAGCGGGAACCCCCCCAGCACAGUCAGGUCACUGAGGCUGAAGCCUCUUCUGCCCAAACCCUCCGCCGCCUGCCUCAAGGAGCUGCCCCCGCUGGCCUCCAUCGCCCAGAUCAUCUCCUCCGUCUCCGCCGCGCCCGACCUGCUCAAGAGGGAGAGCGUUCCCGCCAGCCACUGCAGGGGGGGCGGCACAGAGAAGAGCACCGGCCUCAAAGGGCCCAAAAAGGACUCCGACCCGUCGGGCGAGCCGCGGCCCGCAGGCGAGGACGGGCCCGACGGGGCGACGGACGAGCCCCCGUCGGACGGCUCCAAGAAGAGAGCCGGCAAGAGGCCCUCUCGCAGUAAAGACUGCGACCUCGUCGGCGCCGGCAUCGACCUGGAGUCCAGCGGCGAGUUCGCCAGCGUGGAGAAGAUGCUGGCCACCACCGAUGCCAACAAGUUCAGCCCCUACCUGCAGCCCAGCCCCGUGACGCUGCUGAAGGAGGAGGCGGAGCAGACAGCCACCAGCGAGGACGAGAAGGAGGGCCAGGAGGACAGGCAGCAGCAGCAGCAGCAGCCUCCGCAGGCCAAGGGGAAGAAGAACGCAUACUCCAACUCCCUCCAGAAGAUGACCUGCCCCUUCUGCCCGCGAGUCUUCCCCUGGGCCAGCUCUCUGCAAAGACACAUGCUCACACACACAGGAGCCCCGGAAUCUCAAGUCUCACGUCUGUGCCUGUCUGUGUGGGCCGCAGGUCAGAAGCCCUUCCCCUGCCCCAAAUGCGACGCCUUCUUCUCCACCAAGUCCAACUGUGAGCGUCACCUGCUGCGCAAGCACGGCGUGGCCAACCGCACUCUCCGCCGCAACGGCGCCAUGCCCAAAUCCAAGGAGGCGGACGAGGGGUCGCCCGAGAGCGCAGAGAGCAUGUCAGAGACGGAGCUCCCCGCAGGCGAAGCUCAAAACCUGAGUGGGAGUGAAGCAGAGAAGGAGCUGGCCACACCCAACCCCAAGGAGCAGGGGGAAUUGGCCUUAAUGGAGCAGUCUGCCCACCAGGGGGAGACGCUGAGUCAAGGGGGAGGACCCGCCGCAGAGCCGGCAGAGAGCAGCGGAGACAAUGAUGACGACUCGCAGAGCAACACAAGCCUGGACCUGAACUUCGCCAGCAAGCUGAUCGACUUCAAGUUCUCGGAAGGCAAUGACCAGCAGCCCCCAGCAGGGGGCGCAGCGCAAGAGGAGUCCAAGCACACCUGCAGGAGCUGCAAGAAGAGCUUCCGCUACGCCACCACCCUCGCCCGCCACGAGAGGGCGCACCUCCCGGAGAGCUCGGUGGAGGCGGGGAGGAAGGUGACGCGGCGUUCGGCGGAGGCCGGCCGAAACCCGGGGGUCCACGCGGAGGAGGAGCCCGAGGAGGAGGAGGAGGAGGAGGAGGAGGAGGAGCGGGAGGACAGGAAGGGGCCGGCGGAGGGAGAGGGAGCGGGCAGCGUAGCGGACAGCGGCUCCGAGGAGGAGGAGAAGGAGAAGGAGGAGAAGAGCGACGAGGAGGGCGGCGCUUCGGAACCAAAAAGCACCGAGGGGGAGGCGUCGGGAGGAGUCGGGAGCAAAGCCGACAAGAGGAAGAAGAUCUGCGAUGUGUGCAGCAAGCGCUUCUGGUCCCUUCAAGACCUAACCCGACACAUGCGCUCUCACACAGGAGAGAGACCCUACAAGUGCCAGACCUGCGAGCGGACCUUCACCCUGAAGCACAGCCUGGUGCGGCACCAGCGCAUCCACCAGAAGCCCCGCGAGGCGGAGGGCGAGGGGGCGGCCGUGGCGGCGGCGGCCAGGGCGGGCGAGGACGAGGGAGCCAGCGGGCGCUCGGGCAGCGAGAGCGAGUCGGCCCCCGGCAGCACCAACCCCCCGUCGGAGAACGAGAACGAGGCCGACGGGCCGGGCCGGGCCGCGGAGGAGGCCGAGAGCCCGGAGCGAGAGGCCGCCGAGGGCAAGAGGGCGCCGCAGGCCACAGCCCAGCCGGCGGAGUCGGCCGCCGACCCCCCCACAGAACCGUCGCCCAAGCGCCCGACCGAACCAGCGCCGUGCAGCUCAGGUGAAUCCUCGGACGGCUACAUCCAGGGCUUGCUGGAGAUCCACGCCGAGCCCCCGCUGGAGCACAUCCUGCCUGCCAACGAGCCCCCGAUGGUGGGGGUGGAAUGACGGGCGCGGCCCCGCUCUCGAGGCCCUUCUUCCUAUGCAGAAAGCACGCUGUGUCAUAGCCAGAGUGUGCCAACAACGAGCACGUUUCCAGUGCAACUGUGCAAAUAAGCAGAAACGAAGAGCAUCCUGUUUCC